AUGAUGGCGACUUCAAAUACACAAUCUUAUGGAGCAUCGAUCUUACCCAAAACGUUUCAACCCUCAGUUUCUCGUGCUGGAAAGUUCUGUUCAUCCAGUAUAUCGUCAUCUUCUUCUACAUCUCCGACCAUGUCUUCACCACCUAAUCGGAUCAGUGAUAAGUGGGGUCCGCCAUUAGUCAGAAUCAACCGCGGUUGCGUCUCGGCGUCAACGUCCGUUCGGGUUCAAGUUGACCAUCGCAACGCUUCCACGGACCGUUCGGUUGCGUCUUCAUCGUCCAGAGAAAGGAGUCAGAGCGGCAAUCACGUGAAUAACAACAAGGCGUCGAAUAAUGAACAGAAGAAGAUGUGCAUGUGUUCGCCAACGUCGGCGACGAAUCCUAAAGCCUUCCGCUGUAGUUUGCACAGGAGUGAGAGUGCGAUAAAUCGUACGAACAGCAACAGUAGUCAGUUGUCUUAUCAGCAGUGGCACCGACUGUAUGCCCGGAGAUCGGCGAUGACGAAUUCGAUUGUGAGGAUUGGGACAGUGGAAGGCGAUUUGGAGAAGCGGGCUUUAGCAUCUUUGAUUUCCAUCCGAGGCCUAGUCGGCUCUCUAUUAUGUCGAAAGCAGGAGAUUGAUUGA